GCAUCAAUCAUCAACCAGGGGAGGGAGCCGGCGGCCAGCGCUCGGCCCCGCCGCCGUAAGAGUCCCGCGGGGCCCCGGGGGCCGCCCCCGCCCCCCCGCUCCCCCCCCCACCCCGUUACCCCGCCGCCCCCGGAGCCACCAUGUCCUCGGCCGCCCCGGCCAAGUUCCCCUUCAAGAAGCGGGGCAGCCUGCAGACCCCCGGCCCCGCAGAGUUGCGGGGGGGGCCGGGGUCCCGGCCCCUGCAGUCGGCGCGCUCCCUGCCCGGGACACCCCACUGCCUGAAGCACUUCCCUGUCGACCUGCGCACCUCCAUGGAUGGCAAAUACAAGGAGAUCGCUGAGGAGCUGUUCUGCCGCUCGCUGGCCGAGAGCGAGAUGCGGACGGCACCCUACGAGUUCCCCGAGGAGAGCCCCAUCGAGCAGCUGGAGGAGCGGCGGCAGCGCCUGGAGCGCCAGAUCAGCCAGGACGUGAAACUCGAGCCCGACAUUUUGCUCAGAGCCAAACAGGACUUCCUGAAAGUUGACAGUGCUGCGGACUUACAGCUCUUCAAGGAGCAGAGCGAGGACCUGGUGGACCACGUCCCCAAGGACCGUGACGCGCUGCUGGAGCGGGAGUUCCAGCGCGUCACCAUCUCCGGGGAGGAGAAGUGCGGGGUGCCCUUCACGGACCUGCUGGACGCGGCCAAGAGCGUGGUGAAGGCGCUGUUCCUGCGGGAGAAGUACAUGGGGCUGUCGCUGCAGAGCUUCUGCAAAACCACCGCCCGCUACCUGCAGGAGCUCUCCGAGAAGCCCCUGGAGACCCGCGGCUACGAGGAGGUGCCCGAGACCCCCGUGGCCGCCGAUGCCCCCGUGCACCCCCCGUUCGCGGAGCAGCACCCCUACGAGAAGUGGGACCCCCAGACCAUGCCGGCCGACCUGGGCUUCGGGCUGAAGAUGGUGGAUGGCGUGGUGCACGUCUACACCAAGCAGGACCCCACCGACAAGAGCACGGAGCUGGACCUGCCGUACCCCGACCUGCAGGAGUUCAUCGCCGACAUGAAUUUCCUCAUGGCUUUGAUCAUCAACGGGCCCAUCAAAUCCUUCUGCUACCGCCGGCUGCAGUACCUGAGCUCCAAGUUCCAGAUGCACGUCCUGCUCAACGAGAUGAAGGAGCUGGCGGCCCAGAAGAAGGUGCCCCACCGCGACUUCUACAACAUCCGCAAGGUGGACACUCACAUCCACGCCUCGUCCUGCAUGAACCAGAAGCAUCUCCUGCGCUUCAUCAAGCGGGCCAUGAAGAAGCACCUGGAUGAAAUCGUCCACGUGGAGAAGGGCAAGGAGCAGACGCUCAAGGAGGUCUUUGAGACCAUGAACCUCACGGCCUACGACCUCAGCGUGGACACUCUGGACGUCCACGCGGACCGCAACACCUUCCACCGCUUCGACAAGUUCAAUGCCAAGUACAACCCCAUCGGCGAGUCCAUCCUGCGGGAGAUCUUCAUCAAGACGGACAACCGCGUCUCGGGGAAGUACUUCGCCCACAUCAUCAAGGAGGUGAUGUCCGACCUGGAGGAGAGCAAGUACCAAAACGCCGAGCUGCGGCUCUCCAUCUACGGCCGCUCCCGGGAUGAGUGGGACAAGCUGGCCUGCUGGGCCGUCAACCACCGCGUCCACUCCAACAACGUCCGCUGGCUUGUGCAGGUGCCCCGGCUCUUCGAUGUCUACCGGACGAAGAAGCAGUUAGCCAACUUCCAGGAGAUGCUGGAGAACAUCUUCCUGCCCCUCUACGAGGCCACCAUCCACCCUGCCCAGCACCCCGAGCUGCACCUCUUCCUGGAGCACGUGGACGGCUUCGACAGCGUGGAUGAUGAGUCCAAGCCCGAGCACCACAUCUUCAACCUGGACAGCCCCCUGCCAGGGAACUGGGUGGAGGAGGACAACCCGCCCUACUCCUACUACCUGUACUACAUGUACGCCAACAUGACGGUGCUCAACCACCUCCGGCGGAAACGCGGGUUCCACACCUUCGUGCUGCGCCCGCACUGUGGCGAGGCCGGCCCCAUCCACCACCUCGUCUCGGGCUUCAUGGUGUCGGAGAACAUCUCGCACGGCUUGCUGCUCCGCAAGGCCCCCGUGCUGCAGUACCUGUACUACCUGGCGCAGAUCGGCAUCGCCAUGUCCCCGCUGAGCAACAACAGCCUCUUCCUCAGCUACCACCGCAACCCCCUGCCCGAGUACCUCUCGCGGGGGCUCAUGGUCUCCCUCUCCACCGACGACCCCCUCCAGUUCCACUUCACCAAGGAGCCGCUGAUGGAGGAGUACAGCAUCGCCACGCAAGUCUGGAAGCUGAGCUCCUGCGACAUGUGCGAGCUGGCCCGCAACAGCGUCCUCAUGAGCGGCUUCUCCCACAAGGUGAAGAGCUACUGGCUGGGCCCCCACUACCUGAAGGAGGGGCCGGAGGGCAAUGACAUCCGCCGCACCAACGUCCCCGACAUCCGCGUCAGCUACCGCUUCGAGACGCUGUGCCAGGAGCUGACGCUCAUCACGCAGGCGGUGCAGAGCGAGGAGCUGGAGACCAUCCAGGAGGAGGACGCGCUCACCAUCACCUCCGCUCUGCCCCCCCGCUGAGCCCCCCGCUCCCGGCCCCGUGUCCCCCCUGGCCGCUGCUGCUCCCCUCCUGCUGCCCAGUGCCCUGGGCUGCCCCCCCCCCCCCCCGCUGUCCCC